AUGUGUUUACCACCCUGGCACGACACGUCAUCAACAACCACUUCAUUUGAACCACGUCUAUAUGCAAUGUUAGAUAGCUCAUGGGCAGAAGUAAUUGAAACUGGUGCUAAAUUUUAUUUGAUGUUAACAAAAGAUUCGCAGUCACAAAUUCAAUCACCGUUAGGUUUAGGUAUAAUAAAACCACCUGUUGUUCAUACAGAAAUUGAAUUAAAAAUCAGUGAACAUGAACAACGUGAAUUCUUUAGAGAAGAGCUAUUUCUCGUUCAAAUGAUUAUUAAUGAUAUUAUUGAGUUAUCAGAAGAAAAUCUUAAACUCAAUUAUCAUCGUUCAACCUAUGUGCAUGUGCUGCAUUUGGCACAACAAUUAAAACAAGAAUUAAUUAAAAUGAACCAGACUUCAUCAAUAAAAUUCAUAAAAAAUUCAGUUAUGCAACAACAGUCUAUCAUUCAAUCUCCACUGUCACCUGUUAAACGUCCGAAUGUACAUCCAGAAAGACAAAUUAUUCUCUCAUUUGGAAUACAAAUAUUACAGACACUACGAUUAAUAAAACCAUUUGAAAAUCUACAACCAAAGCACCAAUAG